AUGUCGCUUGAUCCCAACGACGGAUUUGUCGCCGCCGAGGCCGCAGAUCCGGAGAGCGGCGACCUGCCAAUCUUCACGAUCGAGCGAGUGCAGCUGCAGUUCUCCAUAGCGGCCGACUUUGCCGCCGCGCAGGUUGCCAACAAUGUCAUCAUCCUGGCCCUGACCAGUGGCAGGAUUCUGCGCAUCGACCUGAAUCGACCGGAGGAUAUUGACGACAUUGACCUGCCGAGGAAACCAUCCGAGAUCGGCAUCAUUCGACGCAUGUUCCUCGAUCCCACGGCGUCGCAUCUCCUGGUUUGCACAUCGCUCGGUCAUAACUUCUACCUACAUUCGCAGUCUAAGCAACCCAGGCUUCUUUCAAAAUUGCCCGGCGUCUUGAUCGAGAGCAUAGCAUGGAAUCCAUCUCUGCCCACCGCCUCCACGAGAGAGAUCCUUAUCGGUACAGUAGACGGCAACAUCUACGAGGCUUUCAUAGAAACCUCCAACGAAUUCUACAGGAAGGAAAUGAAGCAUCUAAAGAACCUACACAAGCUCCCGGAUGGCCCCAUCACGGGCCUCUGGGUAGACAACCUACAUGGAAAGACUGACUUGAGGAGGGUCAUGAUUGCUACGCAGAGCAGGCUGUUCCACCUUGUUGGCAGAAUCAGCCAUGGCCACGACGGCAGCGGCUCCGUCUACACGAGAAUGUUUGAAACGGAACAGCCUGUCAUCCACGAGCUUUCAAGAGUCACGUCUGGGGCGAGCUCCACUUUCGUUGUGUCCCCCGACCCGCCCGACACCAGUCCUCACGAUGACGAUGACGUGCCGGACCGAGCAUAUGCAUGGCUAUCGUCGCAUGGUGUAUAUCACGGAAAGUUGCUCAAUGCGCCUACAGAUUCUGCGCUUGGCUCCAAGGUCUUUGCCGAAUCCAAGAUGCUGCCAAGAGCUCAAAUCGUCACACAAGGGUCGGGGAGCAAACGGAAACCUUCUACCGAAACGAUUGAUGCAAUUGCCCUCACCCAAUGGCACAUUGUGAACCUGGUCGGUGGCCGUGUGAUUACUACCAAUCGUCUUACCGGAGAGAUGGUGUCAGAACACGAUGUGCUUUCCGCCGGCCAGAAGCCUAUCGGAUUUUCGGUAGAUUCUCAGAAGAACACCUUUUGGCUGUUCACCUCUGAAGAGAUCUUUGAGAUUGUGGUACGUGAUGAGGAUCGCAACAUCUGGAAAAUCAUGAUGGAAACGCAACAGUUUGAACCGGCCCUCCAACAGGCUCGCUCGCAAAUCCAGAGAGAGACGGUUUCCGCCGCAUUUGGAGACUAUCUUUCUACCAAGGGUCAUUGGAGUGAAGCCGCCAUGGUUUACGGCCGGAGCAACAAGCCUUUCGAGGAAGUUGCGCUCAAAUUAAUUGACAGCAUCCAACCAGAUGCGCUGCGCAUCUUCCUACUCACAAAACUAGGCACGACCAAAAAAUCUGCCGUUAUGCAAAGGAUAAUGAUUGCGAGCUGGCUGGUCGAGAUCUUCAUGGCCAAGCUAAACUCCCUCGAUGAUGCCAUCAUCGCUCAUGCCGACCUCUCAGAGAAAAUGAACCCUGCAGAAUCCAGAAAAUUGAUCAGCUCGGCAAAGAAAGAGUUUCAAGAGUUUGUCAACAAGUAUAAAAGUGAUCUCGACCACAAGACGGUGUACGAUGUGAUUAGCAGUCACGGCAGAGAAGAAGAGCUGCUCUACUUUGCCAACGCCAUCAAUGACUACAAUUACGUCUUAUCUUACUGGGUACAGCGAGAGAGAUGGACGGAGGCGCUCAACGUCCUAAAGAAGCAGACAGAUGCAGAAGUCUUUUAUCGAUACAGCACUGUGCUCAUGUCGCACGUUGCGCAAGAUACCGUGGACAUCCUCAUGAGACACUCAGAUCUCAGUCCACGAAGAUUGAUUCCAGCCUUGCUAGAAUACCACCGUGGCUUUGAUGGUGAAGCAACAGCCCAGAACCAGGCUAUAAGGUACCUCAACUACGUGGUUUACCAACUCAACUCAACGGACGCGGCGGUCCACAACACGCUCGUGUCCAUCUACGCCUCGCACCCCUCUAAGGAUGAAUCAGGUCUGCUAUCCUAUCUUCAGGCACAGGGUGACGAGCCUCGGUACGAUUCCGACUUUGCUUUGCGCCAGUGUAUCCACCACCAUCGCACACUGUCGUGCGUUCACAUAUAUACCAGCAUGGAGCAAUAUCUUCAGGCGGUCGACCUUGCGCUCUCCCACAACGAGGUGGAGCUGGCCGCGGUUAUCGCUGAUAGACCAAUGUCCAAUCCCCAGUUGCGCAAAAGACUGUGGCUAGCUGUUGCUCGGAGGGUCAUCUCUCAAUCUGACGGCAUCAAAACGGCAAUUGAGUUCCUCAAGAGAUGCGACUUGCUCAAGAUUGAAGAUCUCAUUCCAUUCUUUCCCGACUUUGUAGUCAUCGAUGACUUCAAAGAGGAAAUCUGCGAGGCUUUGGAGGACUAUAGCCGAAACAUUGACAAUUUGAAGAAAGAGAUGGACGAGUCUUCGCAGACAGCGACGAAUAUCAAGCUUGACAUUGCUGCUCUGGAUCACAGAUACGCCAUUGUGGAACCCGGUGAGAAGUGCUACGUGUGUGGGCUUCCCUUGUUGAGCAGGCAGUUCUUCGUCUUCCCAUGCCAGCACUCUUUCCAUUCAGACUGUAUGGGACGGAAAGUGCUGGAGCAAGCGGGUGUUGCCAAGUCAAACCGAAUCAAGGAACUCCAGAUGCAAAUCCACAAGGGUCUUGUGAGCGGUACACAGCGGGAGGCCGUUGUGGCCGAGCUUGAUGCCUUGGUGGCGUCAGCAUGUAUUUUAUGCAGUGAUUUCGCCAUCAAGAGAAUAGACGAACCGUUCAUUACGCGGGAUGAUAACCCUGAUGAAUGGGCAUUAUGA